AUGAAAAAGGAAUUCCAACUGUGUGAACUACCGAAUAAAGUCAUAACGAAUGUUUUGGCUACAAUGCAUUUUAUCACCACAAUGUCGAUCGCACAGUGCUCCACAAAAUUCUACAAUCUUGUGAAUUCACUGAAUUUGAAAGCCGAAGUCUCCAUCGAGGAUUCGUAUUUCAUUAGUGUAUUCACUGACCAUUUUGAGCUUAAUCUAAUACUUCAAGAUAUUGCACCGGACACAACGCUGGUUGGAUCAGUGUUGGCAAGUCAUGAAUUUCAAAGCGAAUACAUUGCCCUGAACACAAUGAUGGUAGGAUCAGUGUGGGCAAGAGAUGGAUAUCGAUCGGAAUAUGACGUCGUUUGGAAGAAAACAAAUACCCGCGUCAUUGACUGGAUUCGAUUUAUCUUGGAUUUGAUAAACGAGAAAGUCCCAUUUUUAUUAGAAAUUGGGGACGGUGAAUAUGAGCCAGAAUAA